AAAACCAUUUUAUUAAUUUAUUAGAUACACGCAUAUUUAUUUAUUUAUUAAAAAUGAAAGUUUUAUUUGUUUUAACAAGUCAUAGUGAAUUAGGUAGCACCCAUAGAAAAACAGGUUAUUAUCUUUCAGAAGCCGCACAUCCAUGGAAAAAACUUCAAGAAAGAGGUAUUGACAUUGAUUUCGUUUCACCAAAAGGUGGUCCAUGCCCAUUAGAUCCAUCCUCUUAUGAUUUAACCGAUCCAAUUAACAGAGAAUUUUGGGAAGAUGCAGAAGUACAAAAGAAAUUAAAGAACACUCUUACCCCAAGUGGUGUUGAUGCCAAUAUUUUUGAAGGUAUUCAUUAUGUCGGUGGUCACGGUGCAUGUUGGGAUUUCCCAUCAAACGUUCCAAUUAUUCAAUUAGGUGCUCGUAUUUAUGAACAUGGUGGUGUCGUUUCUGCAGUUUGUCACGGUCCAGCUGGUUUAUUAAAUAUAAAAUUAUUAGGUGGUACCUAUCUUGUACAAGGUAAAAACGUUGCUUGUUUCACAAAUAGCGAAGAAGAAUCUGUUGGUCUUUCAAAAGUUGUACCAUUCUCUCUCCAAGACUGUAUGAAAGAAAGAGGUGCCUUUGUUCAUCUUAAACAUGACUGGGCAUCCAAUGUUCAAGUAGAUGGAAGACUUGUAACUGGUCAAAAUCCACAAUCAGCAAAUGAACUUGGUGAAAAAUUAGGUGACUUAGUUCUUGAAAUUCAAGGAAGAAGAAUCGUAGCCAAUUAAAU